GGCGGCUUCUGGAGAUAAAAAAAAAAAAAAAAAAGCGUUCGGGUUUUUGGUGGCAAUCUCCUAAUCCCUAAUUCGCAGAUGGCUAUGGCGAUGGCGAUGACAAUGACGAUGGCGUUCUCCCCAGCAACAAUGGCUUCCAAGACUCACAUGGUCUGCCUCACGCACCCACCUCUGCGUCAAUACCGACACAGAUACGCACAACCCUCACUCUCUCUCACUCCUCUCCGCCGCAACUUCAAUCCCCUAAUUGUCGCCGCCACAUCCACGCAAAGCGACGUCGAGGGAGCACAGCACCUUCUGGAAGGUUCCACCCGCACCCUCACCACCGUCUUCGGGAUGGCCCUACUCGCCCUCAGAACCUUCUGCCAUCAGCUUCUUCCGAUGUCCAUGUCCAUGUCUUCGGUAGGGCCUCUGUUCUUCGCGUCGCUACGGGACAGGCCUAGCGGGUCCCUGAACACGCCGCUGACAGUGGUGGCGGCGGGGCUGGGGAAGUGGCUGGACAUAUACAGCGGAGUUCUGAUGGUUAGGGUUCUACUGAGUUGGUUCCCGAACAUCCCGUGGGAGAAGCAGCCACUGUCUGCCAUCAGAGACCUUUGCGACCCGUACCUGAACCUGUUCCGCAACAUCAUUCCCCCUGUUUUCGACACCCUCGACGUCAGCCCCCUCCUCGCCUUCGCCGUCUUGGGCACCCUCGGCUCCAUUCUCAACACUGCCGUCGCCUAGAUGAUUCUGUUGAUGGUGCAAGUAUGUGUAUGGAAGUCCCACUCGCUUGCUACAUAGAUACAGGGUUCAGGAAAUGAGCUUCAUGCUUCUAUAUUUAGUAUGGAACUGCCUCUCAAGAUCACCAAGAACAAAAGAAACGGAAAAAAGAAGACAAAGACUAUGUGUCAAGUCAACCCAUUUAUGUGCUCAUGCAAAGCUUCACUUGUUAAUAACAUGAUAUAAGGCCUAAUGACCCAAUCCAUAACAAUUUUACAAUUUAUUAAUACUCCAAUACUUAAUGUACUUUUGACAUAUAAUAUAUUUCCUUCAUCUAUAAAGUAUUGAAUAAAACGAAGAACAUGAUUGUUAAUA